AUGGCAUUCAAGCCAACACUCUUCACAAAGGAAAAGAAGAUGCAGCGGCCGUUCUUCCACUUCUGUAUGUUUCUGGUUAUAUGCGUGGGGGCAAUCACGCUUGCUAACUACAGGCGAUCAAAGCUCCCGGCCUUGAUCGGUGCAAAGCUUCCUCCCGCGAUUGGAACCGUCGAUCAGGGAGGCACUGACAACGCUGCAGAUGGCGUGAGGCUGAUGCUGGUGACCGGGACGGACGGACGGCCGUGCAGCAGCGCUCGGGGCGCGGAGAUUCUAAUCCGAUCGCUCAAGAACAAGGUGGACUAUGCAAGGCUGCACGACAUUCCACUGUACUACGCCAUGGAGACGUUUGACGACGCGUACGAUAUUUACUGGGUCAAGCUGCCGCUGCUCAAGAAACUGAUGCACACCCACCCCACUAUCGAGUGGUUCAUGUGGGUGGACUGCGACGCCAUCUUUACGGACAUGACGCGGGGGAUCCCUCUGGACGAGUACACUGACUACAACCUGGUGCUGUCGGGGAACGCCACAGCCGUAUUUGAGGAGCCCGACUGGCUGGGCCUGAACACGGGCGCCUUUUUGAUUCGUAAUUGUCAGUGGUCGGUGGAUCUGCUGGACGCCACCAUGGCGCUCGGGAACAGGUACACCACGCGGCGGGACACCGGGCUGCUGCUCAACAAGGUGCUCCGAGGCAGGGCGGAAGCGAGCCACGGCAAAGAGUGGCCCGCCGACGAUCAGACGACCCUUAUCUACCUGAUGGCCACCCAGCCACAUCUCUGGAAGGAGAAGACUUUACUAGACACAACAAGCAUGUACCACAACUGGUGGGUUUUAGUCUCUCAGCCGCUAGACCAGCUGCUCGAGGAUGCCGACGCAAGCAUGCCAGCCACGUGGCGGCCGUUCAUCUCCCACUUCACGGGGUGCAAGUUCUGCCACGUGCAGCACGCUGACGAGGGGCAAAAGGAGGCGUGCAUGGACACCUUUGACCGGCUGUACCGCUUCGCGGACAACCAGGUGCUGGAGAGGUUCCAGCUCAGGCAUAAGAGCGUGGACACCGAGGAAAUACAGGAGAUCUAG